AAAAGCCAAUAAUGCCCAAUGCUUGUUACGUGUGACAUUGAUAAACUCACUUCUCUUAAGCCAUGCCGCGCAUACGAAGAUGCAAGAAAAGUUGGCGCAUAAAUAUUUCAAGAAACUGUUCAUCAAAUGCAACAGACAUUGUUACAGAAGCAACAACAACAGCAACCGCACCAGCAACUGCUACCACAACAACAACCGCAGCAGCAACCGCAACAACAACAGCAACCGGAAUAGCAACAACAACCAAUGUAGCAGGUAGUUUUCGUGUUAUUACGUAUAAAGUUUCAAAAGCUAUCAGAAAAGCAACAACGGCAAUAUUGCUUUUGCUUUUCUUUGAAAAGUUUGAUUGUGUAUAUUCAUUAUAGUAUUUAUUUACGUAUAUAAGUAAAUUCUGAUAAAUUAUUUGGUUUUUUUUUUUGGUUAUUUACAUGUAUGAGCUGAGUGCGCUUACAUAUUUACAUACGUAUGUAACGAAAUGUUGACUAUAUUUUGAGAUAGUAGGUAUAAACGCGUUUUCGGUUUUUCUCUGAAGUUAGGAAUAUUUUGAGAGGACUUUGAAAUUUCGUAGAAGGGAUUAAUGAAAAAAAAAUUAUUUAGAAAUUUCAGCGCAUGUAGAAUAACAUUGUGGGUAUCUAAUAUAAAAUAAAAUUCUGAAGAAUUGAGAUUGAAUUGUGUUCUUUUAAAAAAUUUCCCUCGAUAAUUUUUGAAAAUGUUCAAUAGUUAUCAGGGUAGGCAAAAUUCGGAGUUCGCGCGAGUGAUCGAGAAAACUCGUACUCAAUGCCUCGCAGGCAACGAGGCGCUCGCAGCUCGUACUCGUAGCAGAAAUGAGGUGCGCCACGAGAAGUUUGGCUUGCUUAGCAAACCAGCGAGCGCCGCUUGUUUUCACGUGCUCCUAUUAAACUAGCGAGGCUGCUGUGUGUUGCCUCAAUCGCAGGGCUUUCGCUUAUAUUCUCAUUGAGUUCUUUUCACUUAGAAGUAUGUAUGUAAAUUUGUAAAAUUUUGGAAAAACCCUUU